CCGAGAAGAAAGAGAGAAAGAAAUUGGCCAGCGGCGCAGCCCCCAGUCCCCAUCCCCGAUUCCUCUCCCUCUCCAUUUCCCUCGUCUGCCGCCGCCAGCCCCACCGUUGCCCUCCCCACAGCCGCCGCUGCCACCACCAGCGCCCAGGUGUGGUGCUGCUCUUCCCCACGGUCCUGACGGCAAGGCAGCGACAAGAGUUAGAAGGCGGACGCGGACGGCCCCGUCAGAUCUCAUCCCGAUGAAGUCAAGGACGACCUCCACCUGGACGAGGUCGAUCCACCCCCUGCCACACUUCUCCAUCACGUCACCAUAUUUGGAGGAGCCGCGACUGCUGCUCACACAUCUGCUCCGCCCAGAGUUGUCGCCAUCGGCAGGUGGAGUGCCGGACCGCGCGCCAACUCGAGGACCGCCACUCCGGUGGACCGUUGUUUCUGGCCGCCGUCCGCCUCUGGUGCCCCAUCCAUUCGCCACCAGUCACGCACCAGUAUGCAGAACACUUGGUUCAUUCCAUGGCAAGAAAAUGGUGGAAUGUUGUUAUAAAAGGUCGCCUCCUUGCUUGUCACCGCGCCAUGCCACCUCACCCCAGAUAGUGGCCAUUGCUCCGCCCACGGCGCCUUCCAGCCGAGAAUGCCAUCUCCACCCAACCAGGUAACUCAGCCGACUGGCCUUUUCACGAUUUAAAACAAAAUGGUGUGCUGAAGAGAGACACCUUUUUUCGAAAAGGGGGGACUCCCCGGCCUCUGCAUCAGAAUGAUGCAUACGGCCACAUUUAUAUAAAAAUAAAGUAGUUCAACAAGGUCUUAAAGUCUAAAAAAUGGCUAGCUCACAAAGAGCCACAAUGCCAAAAACAAAAGGCCCAAAAGGCACAACCGGCUGGCAUAAGAAAGAUAGGUAAACUAAUCGCCUAUCCUAUUACAUGACCGCCAUCCAAACCGGUUGAAGAUAU